UUUGUCGGCAAACACGGAUGUGAGCAGCCAGUCACCGCGCUGAAAUGUAGGGCGAUUUGAAUUGUACACCUAGGAGCUUCACCAAAAAGCGUUGUGAAUCCCAGUGGAAAGACACACGGUUGUAUAUCGGGGGAGUGAUAAAUGAAUGUCAUGAUGGAUUCGGGACGGCGGAGAGGUUUGAGCAGUGUCCUAUCCUCGCUGUCUCUGCUCUGUGUGCUCCUGGAUCUACAGCUGGACGGUGUGUUAGGAGCAACACCGGUUGAGAUUGAGCAUCAUCUGGAAAUGGGUCGUAAGCUGCUGGCAGCCGGACAGCUGGCUGAGGCCCUGUCUCACUAUCAUUCAGCUGUGGAGGGGGACUCUAAGAACUACCUGACAUACUACAAACGGGCCGCUGUGUUCCUGGCUAUGGGGAAGUCCAAGUCUGCUCUGCCUGACCUGUCCCAGGCCAUACAGCUCAAGCCAGACUUUCUUGCGGCCAGACUGCAGAGGGGUAAUAUUCUACUGAAACAGGGAAGUACUCAAGAAGCUAGAGAAGACUUCCAAGCAGUACUGAAGCGUUCCCCGGAUCAUGAGGAAGCACAUGAUCAGCUCAGCAAGGCUGAAGAGCUGGAGUUACUCCAGGAAGAGGCACAUGAAGCUCAUCACCGAGCAGACUACACCACUACUGUCCAAGUGCUGGAGAAAGUCAUAGAACUCUCUCCUUGGGAUCCAGAGUCUCGAGAACUAAGAGCCGAGUGCUACAUCCGACUCGGGGAUCCACGGAAGGCCAUUAUGGACCUGACACCAGCUACGCGUCUCCGUGCGGACAACCGUGCAGCCUUUCUCAAACUCAGCCAACUCCAUUACAGUUUAGGCGAUCAUCACGACUCUCUUAAUCAGGUCCGUGAGUGUCUGAAGCUGGAUCAGGAUGAUAAGGAGUGUUUCGCUCACUACAAACAGGUCAAGAAGCUCAGCAAGCAGCUGGACUCUGCAGAAGAGCUGAUCUCAGAACAGAGGUAUCAGGAGGCCAUCGAGAAGUAUGAAUCUGUGAUGCGAACAGAGCCCAACGUGGCAUUCUACACUAAUAAAGCAAAGGAGAGGAUCUGCUUCUGCUUAGUCAAAAUGAAGAGUGCCGAGCAGGCCGUAGACAUUUGUUCAGAAGCCCACCAGAGAGAACCUCAGAAUAUCCACAUCCUCCGGGACCGAGCGGAGGCAUACAUCUUACUGCAGGAAUAUGAGAAAGCUGUGGAAGACUAUCAGGAGGCACGGGAGUUUGAUAAGGACAACCAGGAGAUUCGUGAAGGUCUUGACCGAGCACAGAAGCUCCUCAAGCAGUCUCGCAAGAGAGACUAUUACAAGAUCCUGGGGGUCAGCAGGAGUGCCAACAAACAGGAAGUCAUAAAGGCGUAUAGAAAGCUGGCUCAGCAGUGGCAUCCGGAUAACUUCCAGUCUGAAGCAGACAAGAAAGAGGCAGAGAAAAAGUUUAUUGACAUCGCAUCAGCAAAGGAAGUGCUCACAGAUCCAGAAAUGCGUCAGAAGUUUGAUUCCGGCGAGGACCCCCUGGACCCUGAGAAUCAGCAGGGUGGAGGAGGCAGAGAAGGGCCCUUUGGCUUUAACCCCUUUGAGGGUGGAAACUUUCACUUCAAAUUCCACUACAACUGAAAACGGAGAGGCUGAUGCAGUAUAAACGGAUAAUGAUUUGGACUAAGAAACCUGGCUAGAGAACCUGCUUUAUCCAAACUGAACUUUGGAGGAAACUUAUCAAACGGAGUUUUUUUUUUUGUAGUUGAGACUUGAAUCCAAAGGCUGUUUUGGACUUCUCCAGGAGAAAAUUACUUGAUCGGGCAAGCACCACUAAUUUGGUGUUUGGUUUCCGGUCCUUCAGUACGGAAAAAUGCAGUCUAGUUGAACUUGGAGUCUUAACACCAGAUGAGUCAUUUUGGCUCAACGUUUUUGAUCUUUCUUUGACAUGUGCCAUCUUUUAACAUCACUUUAUCUUUCUCAUACUGUCUUUUUUUUCUUUUUCUGCUGCUUAUGUUUGUUUUCUUUGAAUAGCACUCCAGAAUUUAGGGUUGUGGUUUCUUUUCGACUGUGCCAUCAUGUACUUCUGCCACCAGUAUGUCAUAUUUGCGUUUUUAAAGAUUCAUCUCUGACAUGCUAUCAGUCUUGAAAUAGAUUAAACAGUAUUGCACAGUUUUUGGCAAAGGAGGUACCUCCUGCUUAACUACCAGUAAUGAACAUGCUUUAUAGCCUGACAAUUUCGACCUGAUACCGGUUUGCACAAUAUAAAUAUAUAUUUUUUACUGAAAUCUUUGCUCACAGUUUACAUGACAGAAUGUUUAUAAUCAUUUGACAGCUGUUGCAGAUGAUAAAUCAGAUGACAGGCUAUAAACCAGUUUUUAUUUGGUCGAAGUUUUUUUUUCUCUCUUAUAUAUCAACAGGUCAAUGUCCCACAACAAAGCUUUGAAACUAUUGUUAAUCCUGCACUUUCAAAUCGAAGUUCAACCAACUUAAGAAAUCGACAGAUAUUGGAAAAUACAUUUAUGAAAUGAAUAAGAUUUAUGAAAUGUGGCAAAAGUCAUUUAAAAGGUUUGCAGGUUUUUUUGGGGUAAACAUGCCAGUGUCUCCUUUGACCUCACUGAUGUUAAGGACAUAGGUCUUCCUAAUGUUUUAUGCUUGUUUUUCAUUUGUUUUAAGCUAAGCAAAUCCAUGAAAAUCUCCAAGAUAUACUGUAUUUAAGAAAGAGUAUUGAAAACUCA